AUGCUCUCUCUAUCACAGACAUGGCUGGGCCCCUGGCUACUGCUGGUCUGUCUCCUGGUGAGCAGGAGUUUUACCGAGGAGGAAUCGAAGCACUGUAGCCACAUGAUUGGGGAUGGACAUCUGCAGCUCCUGCAGCAGCUGAUUGACAGUCAGAUGGAGACCUCGUGCAAAAUUUCCUUUGUGUUUGUAAGCCAGGACCAGUUGAAAGAUCCCGUGUGUUACAUUAAGAAAGCCUUUUUCUUGGUGCAAGACCUCAUGGAGGAGACCAUCAGCUUCAAGGAUAACACCUCCAAUGCCAUCGCCCUGAUGAAGCUCCUGGAACUGUCCGUGAGGCUGCAUGACUGCUUCCCCAAGGUCUACGAUGAGCAUGACAAGGCCUGUGUCCAAAAUUUCUCCGAGUCGCCCCUCUGGUUGCUGGAGAAGAUCAAGAAUGUCUUUAGUGAAACACAGAAUCUCCUUAGAAUGAACCAGAACAUUUUCAGCACGAAUUGCAGCGACAGCUUUGCGAAAUGCUCCGUCCCAGAUGUGGUGACCAAGCCUGAUUGCAACUGCCUGUACCCCAAAGCCACCCCUAGCAGUGACCUGGCCUCUGUCUCCCCUCAGCAGCCCCCUGCUCCCUCCAUGGCCCCUAUGGCUGGCUUGCCCGGGGCUGACUCCGAGGGGACAGAGAACAGCUCCCUCUUACCCAGGGAGCAGCCCCUUCACAUAGCGGACCUCGGCGGUGCCAAGCAGCGACCACCCAGGAGCACCUGCCAAAGCCUUGAGCCACCAGAGACCUUGGGUGUCGAGGGAGGUUCAUCUGAGCCCCACCCCUCUGUCGGGGCCCCCGUCUCUGGGAUGGAGGAUGUUCUUGACUCCAUGUUGAGCACUAACUGGGCCCUAGAAGAGGCCUCUGGAGAAGCUAGUGAGGGUCCUGUACCCCGAGAGCCAGAGCCUCCCUCCUCCAGGCUGAGAGGAGGCCGCGUCCGGGUAGAGAUCACCAGACCCAGCGACCUCGUCUCAGCAUCUCUGUUCCUGGGAUCGGCUGAGGGCCAGCAGCAAGCGGAUGGACCUGACACCCCCGUGCCCACAGUGGACCCUGUGAGACCCACUGGCCAGGCCCGGAGUCACACACCUGAGAAGACAGACCUUCCCUCUGUGCCACCCAGAGACCGCCAGAAGCCAGGCUCUGCCAGGACCCUGUUACUGCGCCCCAGAGGCCUCAGCCAUUCACCCACCCUCACUGCUCAGCCAAGGCUCCCCAGCAGCCGCACCUGGGACAACAUGCUGUCCCUCGGGGAGCUGCAGGGCAAGAGGAGCACCAGGGAGCGGAGGAGCACCGCAGGGCAGGAAGCAGAACCAGCAAGUGAGGGGGUGGCCGUGCCCCAGGCCCAGUUUAACUCGGUUCCUUUGACAGCAGGCCAGGUGCAGCAGCCCCUGCUCCCCCAGCACCCCCAGCACCCCCAGCUCCGCAGCAUUGUCUUCCGCCUGCUGGUGCCCUGCGGUGUUGUCGGCAUCAUCCUGGUCCUGCUGGUUGUCGGGGUCCUGCUGCUCUACAGGCGGAGGCGGCGGAGCCAUCGAGAACCUCAGACAGUGGCUUCUCCCAUGGAACAACCAGAGGGCAGCUCCCUGACCCAGGAUCAGGACAGACAGGUGGAAAUGGCAGUGUAGAGGGAAGUCUAAGCUGGGCGCUCAGGACAGUCUUUCCACGGCAGGAGAUGCUUUGGGGGCGUCCACCCCCUCCUCCGCCGCCGUUCUCCUGGGAACAUGGCCUGCGCACCCUCAGAGCUCUUGCCUACCAGGACUAGACCGGAGCAGCCAGGCCGGGGUCCCUCCACCCUUGACCCUCAGACUCUGGACUGACUCAGAGAGGGCCGGAGGAUGCCCCCCAUGCUGCUGAUAUUUAUCAUGGGCCCUGGAGGCUCCCAUCUGCUUGAGGGAGGCUGGCAAGCCCGGCUGAGGACCCUCCGCACCCCCAGGGGCUGUGCUCUCCUGCUCCCCUCCAAGACAACACCUGGGCCAGGGACCCAGAGGCCCAUGGAUGUGGAGAGUCGGGUGGGCACUGAGGAAUGAAGAGCCCUCGAGCCCAGGGGACCUAUCUGGUGCCAAGGGAUGGAUCCCUGCCCCAACGAGCAGGGACUUGUCUCAGAGAGAGAUGCCUGAGAUUGGCAGGGCGGGACGGCGUCGGCUGGGUUUCCUGGAAAGGUGUGUGGCCCAGAAGCCGGGAAGAGAAGGCCCGCGGGUCCACUCACUAAAGUGGCCUCUGCUGGUUGCCAGGCGGAGGGGGAGGCCAACCCUGCCCUCAGGACCUGCUUGGCUCAUGAUGCCAAGGUCAAGACCAAGUCUGGCCUCUGCCCCGCCACCCCUCCAACCCUGCCAGAGCUCCUCCAAGAGGCCGCGCAGAGGCUCCCCCCACGAAGGAAGCCAUUGCACUGUGAAGACUGGAGCUGCCUGCUGUACAGCCUGCCUGGCCGUCCUGAAUGCACAUCUGUGCACAUCUGUCCGUCUGCCCACCCUCCAGCCUCUCCCCAGCUUCUGCACUGAGCGCCCGAGCCGGCCUCGCCCGUCGACUGAGGGAGCCCCCGAGCCCUGACCUUCUGCUGAUCCGGCCUCUGACUCCCUGGGGUGGAUCGGGGUGGACAGAGAACUGCCUGGGCCGCCAGCCAGAGCAGGUCUUAGGCUGUUGUUGGCCCAGGUUUCUGCAUUUUGCACUUUGAUGUUCCCAAGAGGGAAGUGACUAGUGGGAGGGAGGAAGGGUAGGGUGGGCAGACACAGACACAGGGAGGGUUUUUGAAAUUAUGGGUAUGCCCCUGAGGUUGGGGGAGGCGUCUGCACCCCUGACCCCUGUGUCGGACCCCUGCCACAGCCAUAGCUGCAAGGCCGCUGCCUCAGGGCGCGGGGCCGAGUGGGCUGUCCAUGUUAGGGGCCUGGUAGGCAGUGAUACCUCCAGCUCUCACCCCCACCCACCUACCCAGGGUGGGAGAGGGACCAGGCAUCUCUUUCCAAGUCUGCCUUGAGGGUCUCAGCUUCCUGGGCCAGCCCAUGACUGCUGCUCCAGAGCUGGGCAGCAGGUGACAGGGCUGUCAAUCGCCCUUGGUCCCUUUGUGCUGCUGUGUCCCUCCUCUCCUGCCAUCCUGGGCCCUCCACUGAGAGACACACCCCCACCUGGCAGCUGGGCGGCGCCCACCACCUUCCCUCCCUGCCCUUGAAAGUGAAGGUCCCUGCCUCUCCUGCCACUGCUGACAGCUGAGGGAAGGAGCAGAGAACUUUCCCUGGGGGGCUCCUCCUCUAGUCAUAGCCUCUAUAUUUGAUGCUAGAAAGUAUGUAUUUAAAAGUGGAAGGAAAAACAAACAGAAAAAGGCAUUCCUCCUCCACCACCCCCGCCCCCUGAAACCUAUAGUAUUUUCAAAGUCAAGAAAGCAAAGAGCUUCUGCAAUGGCUGGAUUUGCUCUCUUGACUCAGGAACAGGACGGCCCAGAGCCACCUCAGGGUGGCUCCCGGGGCCACCUGCCCAGGGCUGCCUGCACAGGAACCCCUUUUUCCCUGAGAAAGCUGAGAGGGAACAUUGGCUCACACACUGUGAGAUUUUGUUUUUACACUUGGAAGUGAUGAAUUAUUUUAUACAAAGUCAUUUAAAUAUCUAUUUA